AAACUAGAACUGAAACCUUUUUUUUCCUCUCUCUAUAACCGGCAUGUAAAUAGUACUUUGCGGCGCUUUGCAUAAAUAGCGCUAUCUUUGAUUUAAUGUUUAAAACACUUAAUUUAGAUGAGUCCGACCGUUACAUUUAAUUUUAAUUCAAAGGAAGCUUGCAUGUGGUCGAAGCGUGCGUCCUGACAUGAAAUUGUGAGUGAAUUAGUUUUGCAGAGAUGCUGUCCAUCGGUCCAGUGCUGCGUCUUGUGCGGCUAUUUUCUUGUGUCAUUGUUGUUUUACUUUUUCAAGUCAACGACGCCAAGAAGGAUUUUAAAAGCGCAUGUAACACAUGCCAGCAAAUUACUGAUAACUUCCAAAAGGGCUUUGAAAGAACAGCAAAGCAGAACUUUGGAGGAGGCAACACAGCCUGGGAGGAGAGGAAACUGUCCAAGUAUGAGACCAGUGAGAUCCGCCUAAUGGAGAUUGUGGAAGGUCUGUGUGACAGCAGCAGCUUUGAAUGCAACCACAUGCUAGAGGAGCAUGAGGACCAUUUUGAAACCUGGUGGUUUAAGAGGAAAACAAAGCAUCCUGAUCUGCACAAAUGGUUCUGUGUUGACACCAUCAAAGUGUGCUGUCCAAAGGGAACAUUUGGACCUGAUUGCAAUGCUUGUGUGGGGGGCUCGGAGAGACCGUGCCAUGGAAAUGGAAUGUGUGAUGGCGAUGGAACCCGCGGAGGGAACGGGAAGUGCAGCUGCAACCAUGGUUAUCAAGGGGAGUUUUGUUUAGACUGCAUCAACGGUUAUUUCAAUGAAGUGAGGAACGACACCUUCUCUUUGUGCACAGAAUGCCACUCUUCUUGCAAGACCUGCACCGGAGCAACCAACCAGGACUGUGAUGAGUGCAAGGAGGGCUGGGAGGAGGAUGACCAAGAAGCUUGUGUUGAUGUGAACGAGUGUGCCAAAGAGCCUUCUCCAUGCCAAGAGGAUCAGUAUUGCCUUAACUCUGAAGGCUCCUAUUCCUGCAAGGCUUGUGACAAAUCAUGCACUGGCUGCACAGAAGCCGGUCCUGAUAUGUGCCAGACUUGUGCCAGUGGGUACCAAGACGAAGAGGGGACCUGCACAGAUAUUGAUGAGUGUUCUCAGUCAGAGCCGGUGUGCACGAAGGAGCACCAGGAGUGUGUCAACAAUGAAGGCAGUUAUUCGUGUAUCUGCUCCAGUGGCCAUGAGGAACAAGAUGGCGAGUGCGUCCAGACACAAAAGCAAGCAGAGGCGAUGGAGGCAUCCCUGACAAACUCUAGUCCACAUGGCGAACUUUGAUGACCAAACAGGGAACCAGUGGGAGCAAAGUGAAGGCCCUCAUUAUUGAACUGUCGACCACAUGCACUUAAGAUACCAGCUGCUCUCAACAUCCAUCAAGACUGUUUUCCAGCAGUGGAUUUAAGAACGGAAAACUUGACAUUUUAUGCUCUCAAAGUGCAGCAUUUGUUUUAUGUUGUUUGUUGUGUUGUUUUAAAAGUAAAAGUUGUUUCAAUAAAGGUGAAUUAAUUAUG